UUCGUGUUCAAUCGGUCUGUAAUGAAUUCAUACAAUGCACCAAACCAGUUGAGCACAGGUCAGAAAUUAAAAUUAUGGCUUCCUCUAGACUGCGUUUCUUUCUUUCUCUAUAUUUCAUUUACUAUUUUGAUCUCACCGUUGCCGAUGAGCUACAAUCUCUGUACCAUGACUGUUAUGUCAACAAUGGUAAUUAUACCACCAAUAGUACUUACAAGGCAAACCUCAAUCACCUUCUAAAUUCCCUCACCAACACUACCCCCAUAUACAAUGGAUUUUACCAUUCCUCUUAUGGGAAAAAUCCUGACAAAGUUUAUGGAAGUGCAAUCUGCAGACCAGACAUGGAUCCGGACACUUGUCGCGAUUCCGUAACUGUCGCGACUCGGAACCUGGCAUAUCUCUGUCCCAACUUUAGGAUGGCGAUCGGCGGAUAUGAUGAUUACAACUAUACCAAUUGUAUGUUACGUUAUGCAUACUAUGACAUGAUAGGCGUAAUGGAAAACGCUCCUUAUUUUUUUGUGUAUUCACUAUGUAACAUUACAGAAAAUGUGGAAGAGUUCAAUCAGACACGGCAGAGCUUGUUGCAGAGGCUAAUAAGUCAGGCUACAGCUGGGGGUUCUAACAAGUAUGCUGCUGGAGAAGAAGCUGUUUCAACUAUUGUAACAUUAUAUGGACUUGUUCAGUGUACUCCUGACUUAACCGAAAGUAAAUGCAAUGAGUGCCUCAUUGAUGCUAAUAAACUUUUGCCAAAUUGUUGUGAUACAAGGCAAGGUGGAAGAGUAAUUACCCCAAGCUGUAGUUUUAGAUACGAGACAAACGAAUUCUACAAGUCUUCAAUUGCAGGACCUCCAGUCUCCCCUCCUACACCAUCAACCAAUACCACAACUCAGAAAGGAAAGAAUAAUUAUAUUAUCAUCAUUAUAGUGGUUGUUUCGGUCGUUACAUCUGUGAUACUAAUCAUAGGCAUCAUCAUCCUUUUACGAUGGAGGAAACGGAAGGAGAAAAAUGAAAAUGUGGAAGAAAUAAAAGAUACAGAGUCCUUGCAGUUCGACUUUGGCACCAUCCAGAUUGCCACAGAUAACUUCUCUGAUGAUAAUAAGCUUGGACAAGGUGGAUUUGGUGUGGUAUACAAGGGCAUGCUUUCCAAUGGACAACAAGUAGCUGUCAAGAGACUGUCUAAGAAUUCUAAACAAGGAGAAGUAGAAUUUAAGAACGAGGUUCUACUAGUUGCCAAACUUCAGCACAGAAAUUUGGUUAGGCUCCUGGGCUUUUGCUUGGAAGGAAAAGAAAGGAUUCUCGUCUACGAAUUUGUGCCUAAUUCAAGUCUCGAUCAGUUCAUAUUCGAUCCAAUCAAGCGUGAAUAUAUGGAAUGGGAAAGGCGUUACAAGAUCAUAGGGGGCAUUUCUCGAGGGCUACUCUAUGUCCAUGAAGACUCUAGACUUCGAAUUAUUCACCGUGAUCUCAAAGCAAGUAACAUUUUGUUAGAUUCAGACAUGAAUCCGAAAAUUUCCGAUUUUGGGAUGACAAAAUUGUUUGAAGUAGAUGAAAGCCAAAGUGAUACAAAUCAAGUCGUGGGAACCUUUGGGUAUAUGGCUUCAGAGUAUGUAAAGUAUGGACGGUUCUCAGUUAAGUCUGAUAUCUAUAGCUUUGGUGUUCUAUUUUUAGAAAUUGUAAGUGGUCAGAAGAGAAGUGGUUUUGGAAGCAAAGACGAAUCAGACGACCUUCUAACCUAUGUAAGUGUAAAAUAAUAUAUGCAUGAUUCAUCAAAACCAGUGACCACAUCAUCAUCUUUAGAGCGUUCUGGGUCAAGUAACUUAAAUCGACACCGAAGUGAAGGAGUCCCAUUAUCACAAAAUGAGGUUUCAAUUACCGAGCUAUAUCCUAGAUAGUAUGAGUGAAGGUGAAGUAUUCAUUAUGCAUUUUUGUUCUUCUAUGUUAUGUUAUCACUCUGCUCCAAUAUGCGUUGUAUUUAUUCCAAAACAGAGUUAUGCUCAAUUAGGACUUUUAUUAAACACUGGGUGGGUGGACAUUUUCAGUUAUUUUUCAAAUAAGAAAAAUUGGAUUUGAAAUACAGA